UUUGGUUAUAAACACUCUAUAUACCGCUUAUUUGAGAUAACCUACGAAGAGCAAUUGAUGCAGUUAAAAUCUGAAGUUAAACAAUGCAUAGAAUUAUAUUCAGUUAUUUCACGAUCAGGAUAUUGUAACCAAUAUCAAGGUCUUGAUGCUAUUCUUAAAGAA